AUGAAAAAUACGAACAUUAACAAUGUUGAAGUCAAUAAUGUAAAUCGUGAACGUUCAAAGCAUAAUCUUGACCACGAUGUCAAUACUACCGCUAGUCUUGGAACUAUCCAGCCUCUUGGCUUUAUGGAAAUGUUUCCCCACGACAAGGUAAGUUUUAAGCCUUCCACUCUUAUUCGUGCUGGUGCAAUGGUUGUACCCUCUUGGGCAAAAUUUAAGUGGAUGCUUUCUUCGGCCUUUGUUCCUAUUAAGUCUGUUUUUCCUAAUUAUGACUUUUUUGCAAGUGGUACGUAUAAGCGUACUGCUACUGGCAAGUUGUCUAUUAAUACUUUCCCUUGGAUUACUACUGCCCAGUUGACUGCUCUUUGUUGUUGCGGUGCAAGAAUGAGUAUUUGGCUCAAUUCUGUUGGUUCUCCUUCUGUAUCUGCUAAUGAUUAUGUUAAGGCUACUCCUUCUAGUUCUUCUGUCUUAAAGGAUAUUAUUAAUGCAGUUCGUAACAAUCCGAGUCUUUCUACUGUUUCUGCUGGUCAGCUAGAUCUAUUCCCUAAACAUUCAGGUAUUGCAUUUAAUGCCUCUUUCCUUUGGAAUAGCGGUAUUGGUUGGGACAAUAAUGUUAAUGUGAAGCAAGUUUGGCUACCUUUGGGUAAUACUCCAAAGUCCCUUGUUGGUACAGGCGUUAUGUGGGAUGAUGUUUUCUAUGGUUCUGAAGAUAUUUCUCCGUCUAAUGCUGACUUUGUUAUUGAGACUGAGAAAUAUGAAUCGUCUGAACCAUUGAAUCGUAAUUAUGCUAUUUGCUUCCGUCUUUCUGAUAAGGGUAAGUUGUUUGCAAAGUUGCUCCGUGGUUUAGGUUAUAAUCUUGACUUCCGUGCAGAUACUGCUGACGAUAGGGUGUCUAUUCUUCCUUUGCUGGCUUGGUAUCGUGCAUAUUUUCGCUUUAAUGGCAUUGAGCGUCUCCGUAACUGGGAGUCUACCUAUUGCCAUCAGUUGAUUAAUUGGAUUGAAACUAAUGGUGAUUCUGUCUGUGAUUUUGGUUUGACUUCCUCUCAAUGGGCUGCUCCCAAGACUUCUACGUCUUCUGCUCCUAUUUCUAUUUUUAUGAGUUCUGAUUAUCAGGCAGGUGAUGGAAAGCCUGAUGGUUCUUAUGCUACUUCUUAUUAUACUCCUCAAUGGCUUGAAAGUCAGAUUAAACUGGUUAAUUCCGCUAUUAAUGCAUAUGGCGGUAAUAGGCAAGGUACUGGCGUUGAGGGUACUACUGGUCAUACUUUGGGUAUUGAUGGUGAUGGUGCUGGUAAUAUGUAUGAUAUUCAGACUACUAUCUUUUCACAAGGUUCUUUGGUAGGUUUUCAGGCUACUGCAAAAGAUGGUGGUUUGUCGGCUAAUCUUGUUGAGGCUUUAAAGCGUUUGCAGCGUGUCACUUCCAAGCACGAUGUAUUUGGUCAGAAUGUUCGUGCAUUGAUGAAGGCUUUUGGUAUUGAUGGUUAUGAUACUGAUGAGCCUGUUGAUGUACUUGGAUUCCGUUCAUUUGAUUUGAACAUUUCUGAAGUGACUUCUCUUGCUGAUACUUAUGCUAAUUCUAUUACUGGUCGUUAUUUGGGUGAACAGGCUGGUAAGUCCGUAACCACAGGUGAUGAUGAUUAUAGUAAACCUAUUGUAUGCUCUACUGAUGAACGAGGAUUCUUCUUUGUUAUGGGCGGUAUAGUUCCUAUUAGUGGUUAUGUUAAUAUGGCUGACGAACAUAACUAUAUGGUUCAUCGUUCCCAGCAGUAUGAUAAGGAGUUUGAAGGUCUUGGAUAUGAUGCUACUCGUAUGGAGCGUCUUUUCGGAGAUAUCCGAGUCUCUAAUAAGACCUCUACUAUUAAGAAGCACGCUUUUGGUUUUGUUCCUCGUUAUUCUGCUCUCAAGGUUAAGCAUAAUGUUCUGAAUGGUGAUUUUAAUCGCCCUGCUAUGCGUGAUGCUUUGUUACCUUAUUCCAGUGAUAGAAAUAUCUCUCUUAUGCAGCCUAAUGGUGAUGUAAAGCAGAUUAUUGAUGCUGUUAAUGUAGGAACUAUUUAUGAAUCCACUUUCAACAGAUUUUAUAAUGAUUUUUCCAAACUUCCUCUUGCUGGCAAGGAAUGGGCUUAUUACUAUAAGUAUGGCUUUAUGGGUUGGUUGAAUCGUAUGUUUGUUAAUACUGACCCAAUAGGAAGUGUUAAUUAUUUUGGUGUCACUUCUUCUCAAAUUCCUAAUGAAUGGAUUAUUGAUACUUAUGAUAAUUUCAUUGUCCAUACUAGGGUCUUUAUGGAUUUGGAAAGUGAGAUGCUGCCGAUUGCUGCUACUUAUCAGACACAGGAUGACUCUGCCAAGGCUAAUGAGACUUUGAGCCUUUCCUAA